GUGGGGCGUGUCGGGAAAGUGUCAGGUUACCUUCCCGCUGCUUGAGUCCGAGCCGCGACCGCCUGGAGCAGGUAAAGUCGCCGCCGACAGCGGCCUGCACCGGAGGGGCGUGGUACCCCGGACUUCCUCCACGACCCCCCCUCCAGCCGGUGUCCGUCCCCCCCUGCCCGGUGUCCCCGCCGACAGACCCCCGCCAUGGGCAACACGAGCAGCGAGCGCGCGGCGCUGGAGCGCCAGGGCGGGCACAAGGCGCACCGCCGGGACAGCUCGGGGGGCGCCAAGGACGGGGACCGGCCCAAGAUCCUGAUGGACAGCCCCGAGGACGCCGACCUCUUCCACUCGGAGGAGAUCAAGGCUCCAGAGAAGGAGGAGUUCCUGGCCUGGCAGCAUGAUCUUGAAGUGAAUGAUAAGGCUCCCACCCAGGCUCGGCCAACUGUAUUUCGAUGGACGGGUGGUGGAAAGGAAGUUUACUUAUCUGGGUCCUUCAAUAACUGGAGUAAACUUCCCCUCACAAGAAGCCACAACAACUUUGUAGCCAUCCUGGACCUGCCAGAAGGAGAGCAUCAGUACAAGUUCUUCGUGGAUGGCCAGUGGACACAUGACCCUUCCGAGCCGAUAGUAACCAGCCAGCUUGGCACAGUUAACAACAUCAUUCAAGUGAAGAAAACUGACUUUGAAGUGUUUGAUGCUUUAAUGGUGGAUUCCCAAAAGUGCUCCGAUGUGUCUGCAGAGCUGUCCAGUUCUCCCCCGGGACCCUACCACCAGGAGCCCUAUGUCUCCAAACCCGAAGAGCGAUUUAAGGCUCCGCCCAUCCUCCCUCCACACCUGCUACAGGUCAUCCUGAACAAGGACACAGGGAUUUCGUGUGACCCGGCGCUGCUCCCGGAGCCCAAUCACGUCAUGCUGAACCACCUCUACGCGCUGUCCAUCAAGGACGGAGUGAUGGUGCUCAGCGCGACCCACCGGUACAAGAAGAAGUAUGUCACCACCCUGCUCUACAAGCCCAUAUGAGGGCCCGGAGCCGCAUGGGCCCGGGACGGCCACCCCCAGCGCCCUGCGUGCAUGCUUUCCACUAGAGGAAUGGACCGAGUCUCACAUUUCACAUUUCCUAAGAUACUUCACCCCCGCCCUAGUCCUGCUCGAAGGUCUGUCCAGGCCCUGGGGCUCCGGACAGCCUGGUCUGCACCCGUCCAAGAGGCAGAAGGGAAGGCAGAGGUGCUGCAAGCCUGGAGGCUCCCCAUCUCCAGGGGUGCACGCUUCCGAGCCCGCAUCCUCCCCGGCUGUGGGGGACAUUCUUAAACCCCAGCUGAGGGCCAAGCCACCCUGCUAGUAAGGCUCCAGGAAGCGGGGACAGAGGCCACCCCAAGUGUCUCACCAUCUGCGCGUCUCUCAGGCCUGUGGCCUGUCCCCGCUGAGGCCUGGCUAUGGAGCCUGCCCUUCCAAUCAAAGCAAUAGAUUUCCUCCCCUUCUCUACUUCAGCGAGGGCUAAUUUCUAUCGAAAUUAAUAGCUGUCUGAUUUCCAGGUGAAGUCUUGCAAUAGUUUCCUACACUGUAUGCACUCAGUACUUUUCUGACCACAGGUGGCUGGCUCUCCAGCCUUCCAGCAAUAAGUCACCACAACUAGAACACUCGCCCUGUGACUGUGCUCAGCAACGCAUCUUAGCCUGUUCUUAGAUCAGGCUGCAAAACCCACUGCCGAUUUCUCCAUGGAGCUGGACGAUCCUGAGGACUGCCACUGCUAGCUCCUUAUUCCAGACUUAAUGAAGUGACGCCCGGGCUGCAUCACCCACCCUCCUGCAGGGGACCUGUACCCUAGAAAUCAAAGAGGACCCCAGCAAUGACGGCUGCCUGUUCAGAAGGGAACCUGCAGUCCUGCAGCAGCCUGCCUGAUAGCCACUGCACGGAUGUCCUGUGCACCAGCGGACGGCUCGCUUUCCAGAGGGCCACUGCACGCGUGUCCACCCACACUGCAGAAGGUGUCAGACCUUUCGUUCUUGCUGGGAGAGGCAGAAACAAGUUCGCUGGUGUCCAGUAUUUAUUUUGUAAACCUGAGUUCGGGUACUUUUUUUUUUUUUUCCUUUUUUUGUUAUACUAGUUUCAAAACACUCAAUUGCUGUCACCUUGACAUACAGGUUUCAAUAAAGCUUUAUAAAAAUACCUGGA